AUGGGGCUGAGGCUGCUCCCACUGUUGCUGCUCUGGACACAGGGGACCCAGGGGUCCAAGCUGGACCCCAAUGGGCGGCAUGUCUGCAUGGCCAGCAGCCCCUCUGCUGAGCUCCAGUGCUGCCCAGGCUGGAGGCAGAAAGAUCAAGAAUGCACCGUCCCCAUCUGUGAGGGGGUAGAUGCCUGCCAGGAAGAUGAAGUAUGUGUGAAACCAGGCCUCUGUCGAUGCAAACCUGGAUUCUUCGGGGCCCAGUGCAACUCCCGCUGCCCGGGCCAGUACUGGGGCCCCGACUGCCGUGAGAUCUGUGCGUGCCACCCACACGGCCAGUGCGAGCCGGCCACAGGCGUGUGCCACUGCCUAGCGGACCGCUGGGGCGGCCGAUGCGAGUUCGCGUGCGCCUGCGGCCCCCACGGGCGUUGCGACCCCGCGACGGGCGCGUGCCGCUGCGAACCCGGCUGGUGGUCGUCCACUUGCCGCCGCCCGUGCCAGUGCAACCCGGCGGCGGCGCGCUGCGAUCCAACCGACGGCUCCUGCCGCUGCGAGCCGGGCUGGUGGGGCCGCCGCUGCAGCUUCCGCUGCGCCUGCCACGGCUCGCCGUGCGCGCAGGAGACGGGCCGCUGCGCCUGCCAGCCGGGCUGGUGGGGCCCCGACUGCCGGCAGCCGUGCGAGUGCGUGCGCGGCCGCUGCAGCGCCGCCUCCGGCCAGUGCGCCUGCCCGCCGGGCUUCCGCGGCGCCCGCUGCGAGCUGCCCUGCCGCGCCGGCAGCUACGGGCCUCACUGCCGCGACAGCUGUGGCCACUGCAAGCAGAAGGAGCCGUGCUCUGCAGACACAGGCAGCUGUGCGUCCUGCGAGCCAGGCUGGAACGGAACCCAGUGCCACCAGCCCUGCCCACCUGGCACCUUUGGCGAGAGCUGCAGGCAGCUGUGCCCCCACUGCCGGCUUGGGGAGGCCUGUCAGCCAGACACCGGGCACUGUCAGCACUGUGAGCCUGGGCGGCUGGGGCCCAGGUGUGAAGAGCCCUGCCCGACCGGGACCUUUGGGGAUGGCUGUAGCUCCACCUGCCCCACCUGUGUUCAGGGGACCUGUGAUGCUGUGACUGGGGAAUGCGUCUGCCACGCUGGCUACUGGGGACCCAGCUGCAACACAUCAUGCCCACCUGGCUUCCAUGGUAGCAACUGCUCGGAUCCCUGUGAAUGCCCAGAGGGACCCUGCACCCCUAUCUCUGGGGCCUGCCAGCUGGGGCCUCGCAGGCAGGAUGCGGCCCUCAUUGCAGGCCUCCUUGUACCUCUGCUGCUCCUGCUCCUGGGCAUCAUCUUCUGUGUCUGCUGCUGCCGGGCCGCCCAGUUGGACCCCAAGGACAGGCCAGCAAGUGAUGGAGCUGCUGUGUCCAGGAUGAAGCUGCAGGUCUGGGGGGCACUGAGCAGCCUGGGCUCGGUGCUACCCUGUGGUUCCUUCAGCAGCCACAAGCUUCCCUGGGUGACAGUCUCACACCACGACCCGGAGAUCCCCUUCAACCACAGCUUCAUCGAGCCGCCCUCUGCGGGCUGGGCCUCAGACGACUCCUUCUCUUCUGAUCCUGAGUCUGGAGAGGACGAGAGCCCGGCCUACUGCGUGCCACCCCAAGAAGGGAUGGUCACUGUGGCUCACGGAGAGUUUCCAGAGGCCAGCCUGGCUGGAGGUCCCAUCCCUCCUCCUGAGGACGCCUCCACACCAUUCCCCAUUCCGCGCACUUCCAGUCUCGCACGGGCCAAGCGGCCAUCAGUCUCCUUUGCCGAAGGCACCAAGUUUGCGCCACAGAGUCGCCGAAGCUCAGGGGAGAUCUCCAGUCCUCUCCGAAAGCCCAAGAGGCUCUCCCGGGGGGCCCAGCUGGGUCCUGAAAGCCAGGAGGCUGAGGAGUCCAUGGGCUCAGAGAAAGCAGAAAUGGAUGAGACCCUUCCUGGUGCUGCCAGCCCCAGGGAUUCAGCCAUUGGCCGCCGCCGGCUCCCCCCUGGUGGCCGGACAGUGGCUGAGCGUGUAGAAGCCAUUGAGGGCAGUGUCCUGGAGGGCUCAGGCUCUGUGACCACGAUCUACAUGCUGGCAGGGACACCCCAGUUAUCUGAGGGCCCUGUCCGGUCUGUUCUCCGCCGUUUUGGUAGCUUCCAGAAAGGCCAGGCAGAGCCCAAGGUCAAGAGUGCCAUCCCUAAGCCUCCACGCCGGGCCCUUAGUCGAAAUAAGGGCAGCCCUGGGCUGGCCUCUGGCUCUGCCAGUCAGAGCCCCAGCUUAGCCCCGAAUGAUGAGCUCACUAGGCCCUUGGAGUCUGCAGGAACUGGGCCAGAGGAAGUGGCCAGGGGGCUAGGGGAUGGCACCAAGAGCUCAGGGAGGGCCCAGGAGCUGGCCCCUGAGGGUGGCCCCCAAGAACAGGAUCCCCAGAAGCUGGCUGAUGGGGAAGGGCAAGAGGAGCCCCAGUAUGAGAAUGUUGCACCUAUCUCUGGGCCACCAGCACCCUGAGAACCUUGAAUUUGGAGAGUUGGAAGACUAUGGAUGGGGGGUAGGCGUCUGAACUGCCCCUGGAUCAGAUUGUGUUUUGCUGGAAAAAGAUCUCAGGGCCAGGAAAGACAGACCAGAGCCUCUGCCCUUUCAUGGGGAAACGUCAGAGUUGGAGGCCAGUUGGCUCUGGGCCCUGGCAGUGCUCUGGGAGUGGUCUGGAAGGCCUGGGCAGAGACCCCAUAGGGUGGGGUCAGGAAGGGGAAAGAGAUGACUGCAGGGACUUUUUCUCUGUUGUCCUGGACUCUGUUUGCCCCCAAAGGCUAUUCUUUUCUACAUUUGCAAAACAUUUUUCUGAAAUGGGAAACAACCUAAAUGUUUGAUGAUAAAAGAUUGGUUAAAGAAAGAUUGCUGGGGCGCCUGGGUGGCUCAGUCGUUAAGCGUCUGCCUUCGG